CUGGGUAGCUCGCCGUUACUUCAAAGAGAUAAGAUAAACACCCUCAUGGUAUAUUUUUGACCUUUACAGGAUAUUUCUUGAUAAUUUCUUCAGAAAAUGGCUCCUAUCAACAGUCAACCAUUAAAUUCAGAGAAAAACUCGAUACCGAUUGCUGAGAGUUCAAAAGCAAUUUCUAAAACUACGGAGACAAAAUCGAUGAUUUUGUGUGAUAAAAAGGAAAUAUUGGACUUUUUGGAUUCAAUUUCUUCCCAAAUUAAGCAAAUUAAUGCACAUCCGGAAGUUGUAUUGAAGAAAAAUGAGGAAACGCAGACUGAAAUUGCCACAAAAGAUGCUGAAACUCAAGCCGAGGAGCCCAUUUCUGUUCAGGAGACAAAACAAACGAGUAGCGCAAAUGAUUCAGUUGCUGCAUCAUCACCAAUCAUCCCCAAUCCAAAACUUAGAACUAAUCGUUUACUGAGAAGUCAUCCGGGAAUGAUACAAGAAUUCGUAAAUUGGUACGAAAAUGAAUCAAAUCUAAGAAAUGGCGGUUCAUUUGGACAAGUUCGUCCCAAAUUAGUUGAAAUUCAUGCUAGAACGUGUAAAGUGAUAGAAAAUUGUACUUUUGUUUCCUCUCCUUCCCUUCUCAAUUGGUGGAACGAUUUUCACCAAAAGUAUCACAUCCAGUUUGCGGAAAAAGAACGAAAAGCAUUAAUUGCCAACUUUGAUCGAGUAAUUGAUUAUUUUCAGCGCACAAAUUACAUUGAAGCUUAUCAAUUUAUGGUUCAAGAAAGACAGAAGCUUGGUUGAAGAAAUUUCGCAUAAAUAAUAAUUUUUUUUUCUACAAUAAAUUUUUUUUUCAUAACGA